AUGGCCAAGAAGGCACGCCAGAGGAUAAGCUAUGUAUGCGCCCUCGAUCAUUCGUCGUCCGGCGGCCAUAGACUCGGCGUGAAUGGCCUAGCCGUGGACCCGGACAAUGCAAUUCUCUAUUCUGGUGGAAGAGACGGUGUCGUGUGCGCCUGGGAUUUGGCCACAAUAGGCAAUACUACCGAUCCCAAAUCAAAGCCGGCAACCAAGUUCAGGACAUCAACGCAGGCACACACACAUUGGGUCAACGACAUCGUCCUCGCAGCCAACAACACAGCUCUCGUUUCCGCAUCCUCCGAUCUGACUGUCAAGAUCUGGCGACCCCAUGCGGCCGAGUCAGAAGCACAUACCCUCGGCGAGCAUGCCGAUUAUGUCAAGUGUGUCGCAACCCCCAAGGGUGGUGAUUGGGUCGUCUCCGGCGGCCUUGAUAGGAAGAUCUAUCUCUGGGAUCUGAAUGGCAAGGGCAAGCAGUUGGAGAUCGACGUCAGCGGCGAAGAAAACAAAGAGAAGGGCUCCAUCUACGCUCUCAGCGCCGGCCGGAACAUGGUAGCAAGUGGAGGACCAGAAUCCGUGGUUCGCCUAUGGGACCCCAAGUCUGGCAAGAGGAUCACCAAGUUUGUUGGUCAUACCGACAACGUCCGUUCCAUCUUGGUCAACGAGGCCGGAGAUACUGUCAUGACGGCAAGUUCAGACCAGACUGUCAAGGUCUGGAGCGUGACAGCUGGAAGAUGCAUGUACACCCUCACCAUGCAUAAUGACAGCGUAUGGUCCUUGUUCUCAGAUCAACCAGAUCUUGGCGUCUUCUACAGCAGUGACCGUUCGGGAUGGGUUGUCAAGAAUGACGUCCGCGGCGUUCCCGACAUGGACGAAGGUUUGUCUGUCGCUGUUGCACAAGAACAUAACGGCGUUAGCAAGAUCGUUGCAUCUCAGGACUGGAUAUGGACGGCCAGCACUAGCUCAUCGAUCAACAGGUGGAGGAAUGUUGAGACAGGACCAGACGCUUUAUUGCCCGAGGCUUACAGACGUGCAAGGGCAAAUAGUCUGUCCUCGAGGACUCAACAGGCCACGGUUACAACCGUCGAUGCCUCCAAGAAGGAAAUACCAGCCAAGUCGAUACUGCGACUAUCUCAUGCAGCCGCCUUUCCACCUAUCCCAAGCCCCCCUGAUAGCAACGCAACAGCAGCAGCCACUGGUCAUGGUAGAAAGGGUUCCGAGGUUCUCAUUGAACCAGAAGCACAAGCAAUAGAACCCUUAGAUCAUUUACCAGAGGAGACAAUUGAAGGUCAGAAUGGACUGGUGAAACAUAAACUCCUCAACGACAGACGACGAGUCCUGACGCUGGAUACGGCCGGGGAUGUCUUGUUAUGGGAUCUCAUCAGGUGCGAAGUCAUAAAAAGGUAUGGCAAAAAGCAUCUCGAAGAUGUCGAGCCAGAGGUCAAUACCCUUGAGGCUGUCGCUCCAUGGUGUUCAAUCGACACUAGCUCCGGUAAUUUGACGGUUGUCUUGGAACCGUUCAAUUGCUUCGACGCCGAGAUGUACGCCGAUGAGAUCAAAUUGGAAGAGCCUGUGGAAUUUAGAGACGAUCAGAGAAUCAAUCUUGGAAGAUGGGUAUUAAGAUAUCUGUUUGCGAAUCUACUAGAUGAGGAGAUCAAGAGAGAUGAGGCACAUAGGCAGAAGCUCAACGAGAGCGUAGAGAUGCGCUUGGCUGCUGCAUCGCGAACGAACGCGCCAAACUCAAUAUCUAUCCCUCCGAUUCCAGACUUUGAGGAAUAUGGGUCGACUGUCGCUACCCCAAAAGCGAACGGAGCCUUUCCACCUAUGACACCAGGGCUAGGAAUUGGAAUUGCAACGCCAGGGCCACAUUCUCAUUUGGCCGGGGUUCCAGAAGGGGCUGCAACGCCUGGCACGCCGCUGGAUAAACGAUCUUCUCAAGUCAGUCGACCAUCUGAUGAUUACUUCUCCGGCGGUAUCAGCUCUGCAGAUGCACCAGCCAAAGCCCCUGUAACCCCCGCAGCGGACAAAGAACCAGCAAAGGACGAAACCCCCAAGACCCCAGUAGAUAGCAAGGAGAAGGAUAACACCAAAUCUCCAACCGCCUUCGGGAAGAAAUUCCGUAUGGGUAUGUCCUUCGGGUCCAAAAAGUUGGGACGAUCAGCGUCCUCUACACAGCCUGAAAAGCCUAUCAUCAUUGAGGAGAAGAAAGACGAAGAGAACAAGUCCGAGUCCUCGUCGAAUCACGAAAAGGAGGUUGACGACAGCUUUCUUGGUGUGAUACAGAAGAUUCACAACGAAUAUGAAAGACAGCUGCUCGAAAAUCCUGAUAAGCUCGUCGAAACCAAGAUCACGCCAAGCCUAUCGGUUGAUACUCCAGUUUUGAAGCUGCCGUCGGGUACCCGCGUUAUCAUCCAAGAGGAGACAUCGGGUGGUAGUGCUAAUCUGUACCGAGGCACUGUAGAGACUGUGGGCAGGGAUGCGGACAUCAUCGAGCAGAAGGCUCCGAUGUGGCUCGGCGACGUGCUCCUCACAAAUACUAUUCCGCCCAAAGAACCCGUCAAGGUUUCGUUUGUGCUUCACCCAUGGCAGAACACUCUACCAGCCAUAUCAACGACCGACGGCAACAACCGCUUGAACGCCAAUAGAAUGCUUCGUGUGAAGAAGAUUUUGGCCUACGUGGCUGAAAGGAUCGAUCCAUCCUCGGAUGAAUCAGACGAGGAUGCGCUCAAGCCAGAAGAGUAUUUAGAGUUGUACUGUAAUGAUCAGUUGUUGCCUAACACGAUGAGCCUUGCAACGCUCCGGGCUCAUAUUUGGAAAGGAGGCAACGACGUGGUAUUGCACUAUAAAGCAAAUGGUCGAAAGGAUAUUCCAAAGGAAUUGCUGAAACAAACGGAACAGCCUGCCCCUCUCGAACUGGAAGCCGCACCUACUACUUUGCCAACGGCUGCAGUCAAUGGCUGA